AUGGAGGCCGUCGAACAGAAGUCCGAUCGCCAGUUCUCCAAGCUCAACGAAUUGGAACUGGUUGUUUCCGGUAUGCUGGGUAUUUGUGAUCUCGAUCAGCGGGUGGACAGCCUUUUGGAGGAUUUCAAUAGCAAGAUUGAGGAGUGUCGUGAGGCUGCUGCGGCGCAGAAAACUUUCUUGGAAGAUGCAGUGCUCAAGGUGCAACGGUGUGUCCUGGAUCCUUCUCCUGCGACGGUCGCGAAGUGGGUGGCCCAGCCGCUGUCCGCAUUGUGGGACGACUGCCAACAGCUUGUCGACAAACAUGUGGCUACGAUUAACGAUUUUUCUUCAACUCGCGAAGGUGUACUGUUGGAAACGCAUGCUCCACUGGAGAAUUUUUCGGGCGACAGUACGGUACUGAGGGACUCUGCAGCCUUCGUGCAGAAAUACAAAGCUGAGUUCUCGCAGUCGUCAAUGCUGCGUGAUUCGAUUCGAGACCUUUCUGCGCAGUCCAGGUGCGCCUGGUGUUGGGGCAGUCGCUGCCUGCCCUCCCUCGUGGGGCUCCCUCGGCGUCUUCUCGGCACCCUCACGUUGCUGCUGCCGACCGUGACAUGCGACCCGACGAGAGGUGUGAUCGAUGUGGUGGAGUUCUGA